UUACCUUUCCAUACGUAGUUGUAAGUUAAUUUUAAAACGAUACACUCGAAAGUAAAAACCGUUCGAAUAUAAUCACUUAAAUAAAAAUGAAAUCGUAUGUAAUACUGUGCGCCCUUUUUCAACUGUUUAUUUUAACAUCAUCAGCUCCAGCAAAUGGUUCUAAUAAUACUGAUAUAAUAAGUGCCGAGGAAUUAAAAACUCAUUAUGCAAACAUACUAAAAUAUGAAAUAAAAAGUGCAAUGGAACUACAUAUGAAAUGCUUCUUGAAUGAAAGUCCUUGUGCAAAUCCACGUCUUGGUGAAUUUAAAAAAAAACUAUUUAAUUUCAUGAAAGACAAGUGCAGCGUAUGUACCAAUGAACAAAAAAUAUUCUUAAGCAAAGGAAUAAAAGAUUACAAAACAGAGCAUCCCAUUGAUUAUGCAAAAUUUUUGAAAUUAUACGAUCCAAAUGAAGCAUACUAUAAACAUAUAACAGAGAAUUUGUAAAUUUCGUCUAAAAAAUGAUUAUUUAUUUUUAAAACAAAUUUGAUAAAUUUAAACAACGAAUAAUGAAUUUUUUAAUGAGAUUAAAAAGACCACUUUUUAUGAAUAUUACAUUAUUUAAGAAAAUUUAAUAAAUUAAUUAAAAUGCACAAAGUACACACUUUAUAUCAUUAGAAAAAAGCUUGUAUUAUUUUUUGCGGUAAUUACAUUUUUUUUUUUUUUUAGAUAGUAUAUUGCAAAUAAUUUAAAACAAUUUAAUGGUAUAUAUAUAUAAUAUCAUUUUUUACAAAAACAAAUAUGGCUAUACAAAACUUUUAAAAGUGAAAAUUUGAUCAAUUUUAAAGAAAUUUAUUUGUCAUAUAGUUUCCUUUUAAAUACUCUAAUUAAAUUUAUAUGAUUCCCACUAAAUUAUUAUAUAUUUAUUAAAAUAUUAUCGUAAAUCAUGUUAAAUAUUUUGAAAUUCUAAAAAAUAAAUUGUUAGUAGUUAUGUGUCAAAUUCUGUUUCCAUGUAAAGAUGACAAACUUUUAAUGUUAAAAUUUUUUUUUAUUGAUUUUAAUUUUUAAAGUUAUUAAUUAAAAUGAUCAAUAAUCGAAAUUAAAAUGAAUAGUAUUAAUUUUUAAAUGUUCAAUGUAAUUAAAUAGGAAUCAAUUAUAACGACCAUUAGAUACUUUAACAUUUUUUAUGUUAGUAUUAUGAACUACUUACUUAACAAAUACAUUCUUUAUGGAUUACGGUUUGAAAUAAUUGAUACUCAAAUGAUUUUCUCUAAACAAAAUACCAUUAAACGUAAAUAGAGACUGGUAUGAAAUAGCGUCUCUACUAUUUGCAGUUAUAAAUAAGACAACGAAUUUACAGAAUAAU